ACGCCUCAAGUGCCGACAGCAAUAGUGGGGGGGUGGGAGCGAUAGAGCGUUCUUCCGUUCCCCUUCGUUCGACUAGCUAGCUGGAGCUGGGACGCUUGAGAGAGACGCUUGGAAUUGAAGAAGAGAGAUUCCCGAGAGAGGAGGAGGUUGCGGCGUCGGGCAGCUAUGGCGGCUUUUUCGUGUGGCGGCGGCGGCGGCGGCGGGAGGCGGGGCCUGUUCUCCACCUCUACGUUCCUGGUGGCUAUGGUCGUCGUCCUCCUCCUUCAACACCAUGCCAUGUCCGUCGAUGCUUAUGGUUUGGCCGAUUUCCUCGCUGCGUACAACAACCCCAACGUGUCUUAUCACGAGGUGAAGGCCGACAUCGCUCUCAAGGCCUCCCUCCCUGCCAUCGACAGAGCACUGACGCUGGUCGGCAAAGGCCCCAAGCCAAGCCGGCCUGUUGUCAUCGACGGGAGCUCAAAGUUCGCGGGAAUUGUCACGGAGGCGGACAUCAAGCUCGUCAACCUGGAGUUCCGAAACUUCCGCUCCGCUAGUGGCGGCGCGCUCUCCGCCAGCGGGGCCAACGCUGUCGUCGACCAGUGCAUUUUCCGCAACAACCGCGCCACCAGCGGGAAUGGCGGCGCGCUCGACUUCUCCGACACCGGUCUGACAAUCCGACGGUCGCAGUUCGUUCGCAAUCGCGCGUCGCGACAGGGCGGCGCCAUCUACACUUUCACCGACGACUUCGGGCGCAUCGAAGACUGCGUGUUCGACGGCAAUUCCGCGGCGGACGGCGGCGCCUUGGCCUUCCGACAGCAAAUCGGGAUCCGGGUCCGGAAGUCCACGUUCCGCAGUAACAGAGCGCGCCAACAAGGUGGCGCCAUAUACUUCAGCCGCGGAUUGUCGACGGUGUCGGACAACAAGUUCAUCAAGAAUGUGGCGGGAUCUUUCGGCGGCGCAUUCCGCUUUUUCGGCGAUGACCAGGGGGUCCUCACCAUCUGCCGAGGUAACUCCUACUCGGGCAACAAGGCGAAACCCGCCACGUCAAACAACGUGUAUCUUCUAGUCGUCAGCGGCGACCCCAACUUUCCCAACGUGUUUUACUGCGGAGCAUUGCCGCCGGCAACUCUGGUUAACGCCACAAAUGGCGGGAUCGCGACGAGCUGUCGAGACUGUUGAGGAGGUUUUGAAAUCCGGGAAAUCCUCAUUCAGCGGUGGCUAUUGAGGUUUUGAAUCCUUGUUCAGCGGUGCAAAAUGUGAGUCCUUUGUCGUUUCUUAGAGAGGAAAAGAAAGAGAGUGAGGGGGGGGUACUGAGACAGCAGUAGCACUUUCGAAGAUGUAUCUGGCUGAAGAGAGUGAGGACACACUCACACUUGGGACUUUUUUUUUGGAGAUGUAUGUGGCUGCAAUUAAGGCCAUACCUGCAUGAAUCUGACCGCAAUCACGUCGCGAGCCUCGUAAAAAGAAGUCCUAGUGUCAGUAUAGCCUAAGUGCUUCUGGCCAUUGGAUGGCGCGACAGUGCAUAAUAAUAUUAUGCUGAACACCGUUUAUGGCCAAGCGACGUUGCAGUCUGUAGUACCUGCAGUCGGGCCAGGCUCUUUAUCCUUCGUCUCUCUCUCUCUCUCUCUCUCUCUCUCUCUCUCUCUCUCUCUCUCUCUCUCUCUCUAUCUCGCGCGCGCGCGCGCGCGCGCGCGGGUAGGGUACGCUUUGCCUCCGGCUUACCAUGGAGCUGCCAUUAAGUUAGAAAGCUGCUGUUUAAAAAAAAAAAAAAGAGAAAAAAAAAAGAAAAGAAAGGUGCUGUUGAUCCAGUUUGUAAGACUAGGUAGUUGGAUUCUGUUGAGCCGUGAGGAGCUGUUUUCUUUUUCACUUCAAGAAAAAAGACAAGGAAUUGUGCGUGGUGCAUCGAACAUAGCCCUCCAUAAUUGGGAAGCAUUUCGAAUCUCGUCCGUCGGGUGGGAAGCCGGAGAGGCCGCUAAAGAUAGGUUGGGUGAUUCCGAACGCUCAGAGCGACAUGGACGAAUUGAAUGUGGAAAUGGUACUUGCUCGGGUAGCGGGAAUCGCCAUCAAGUACUGACUCUGGCGGGAAAAGCCAUCAAGUACUGACUUCGGCAGGAAUCGCAAUCAAGUACUGACUUUGGCGGGAAUUGCAAUCAUGUAUAUGAAUAAAAAUCCGACUAGGAAGAUUUCUUCAACUGCCGAAUCGGAUCUGAAGCUGUGGCUCCUUCCUGGUGAUGGGUCACCACCUUUCUCAUUCGGUCUCUCCCAUUCGGAAAAUAUUCUGCAACCUCUUACCGAGUCUUGAGUCUUACGCCUGUUUCAAAUGACCGGGUAGACCAAAAAAAAAAAAAAAAAAAAAAAAGACCAGGUAGGGGGGAUCAUGGCAUUUGGCACUGGAGUAAGGAACUGGUCGACUGCCAGACGCAGCGGCAUUUAUUGGCACUUCCCGUCCUUGCCUUUCUUUCUUCUGUUAAUUGAAUGCGAUAAUCCGAGGGUAUUAGGGUAAGUUUUAUUAUUAUUUUUUUUUUUACAAUUAGGAGUAGUGGUAGGUAGGUGGUGUGAGGUGAAAUUGAGAGAGGGGUAAGUUUCAAAAAUAGCGCGUCGCGGUAGUUUCACAGGGUGUUUCACUGCAAAAAUAUUGGCGGCCCCCAAGUUUUGUUGCAAAAAGUUAUCUUUCGUGGCAGCUUUAGCGCGUCCCGGUAGUUUCACUGCAUUAAAAAAAAAAAAUGCAGGCGGGGUCCCACUUUGCUUGCAAAAAUAGAUCUUGAAAUUGAGAGAAGAACAUAGCUUUUAAAGAAAAACAAAAAAAAAGAUCUUUCGGACCUGUAAAACAUUUCUGCUGCGAGAACGUUGUUAGCAUCUCCCUCGA